CCGAGCCGGGCGCCCCGCUCGCGUUCCUCGAUCUGGAGAUCAUCUCGAUCACGUGCGCCAUUCCAACGCGUCGUCCUUACGCGUCGCCAGUGCCUGCUCUUGGUUACACCAAUGAGCCAACACUGCAGUAGACGAUACAUUCGCCUCGCACCAAGUAUUUGGGAACUCAGGGCGUCGCACUGACCCUACGCUUUUUCUAGUACAUACGAGUAUUAUUCCCGUGCCCUCUGCCCACGAUGUUCAACAAAACGGAACACUCAGGUGGCUCGGUUGAUGAAAAGGAGACGCAGUACUACAAGAAGAAACUCAUAGAGCUCGCCGUUAAUCCUGAGGACCGUGCGCUCUCCGACGAGGUCCAGCAAUAUCUAGCAAUCCUCACAGACAUAGCAGAUGCGCUUGGUGUAGAUGACUUGUCAUUCUCGAGCUAUUCAGCCGCUAUGCACACAUUAUCCAUGGAGGAGCUAACCGCGAGACGGUCAACAGAGCUUGUGAAUCACUUAGCCUCCAUGCGCCACGAAGAGGCGCUUAUACAACAGGGAGCCACAUCGGAUGCUAGCGUACCAGCCAUGGAACGGCGGAGAGCUGUCCUUGCAGCCAAGAUCAAAGAAUACCGGGCGGAAGAGGAGACCCUCAAGAGGGAGCUACCUGCAGAGUCGGUAGUCACUGUGACGGAGCUUGCGGCUCUCCAUAAGCAAAUUAAAGCCAGGGACAAGACACUUGCGGAGAAACGAGCGAAGGUGGCGGCAUUCCAGGGCCUUCCUCCUAAUAUCGAGCUCGCUCGGCACGAGCUGCGCAAAGCACAAGACGAGCAAAUGAAUCUCAUUCAACUUAGGGAAAGGCUGCUUGAUAGAAUGGCUAGCGGCGUGUCGUAGCGUACCCGAUGGGGCAUGUAUGCAAAUUUUACUCUCAGAGCUCAUUCAGC